AUGAAUAAGAGACUACAAACGGUGAUAUUCUUCGGCCUUUGGGCCGUCAAGGGUUCCCUUGGACAAAAGAUUGAAGAGCCUCCACUAACAAUUCAAAUACCGGGAAUGGACCCAUCCCCAGACCCAACUACCACUGCCGAUAUUACAACCGACCUCAAAAAAGAAGCACCCAGCUCCUCCGGCGAUCAGGUUAUUGUCACAAUAGCCCCAGAUGAAACUUGCGGCUAUCUCUCAGGACGAGCGGUAUUACCUAUAACUUGCGAAAACCACCGCCCAUGCAUGUGGUCUCCUUCUCUAGGUGUUCUUUGUGGUGACCUCGCGAAUGACAACUUUGAUAUCCAUGUGAGAUGUCUGGAUAGGGAGAUGGUAUUGGAUCAAAACAUUUGCAACGAUACCUGCGUGGACAACCCUGUAUACCUUCUCUGUAGUCACAAGUCUGCCCCCUACUGCGGGACGUACGCAUUUCCAAAUGGAAUUCAGGACUUUAGAUGUUCAUCGACACCCGCGACUCGAGUUUCGAGCGUAUACUUCACUUAUAUGGGUCAGGAGAAUGCACGUUUCGCUACCACAACCUAUGGUGGUGAAUCUGUUUCCGAAACCUCAACAACUGAAAGUACAACAUCAAGCUCUUCCACUAUACCGCCGUCUUCUUCUUCUUCCUCUUCCUCCUCUUCUAAUCCGCCACCUUCGAGCCAGAAUAAUCUCGGAGCCAUCAUUGGUGGCGCAGUUGGAGGAUUUGUUGCACUCUCUCUUGUGAUUUUUGGAAUCGUCUGGUUUGUGCGACAAUCACGGAAAAAGUCUCGUCAUUCAAUACCGGUGAAUCAGAUGGAACAAGACCCAUUAUCUGAUCCCAAUACUGGAAAGACGGGACCAACCUCCCCAGCCCAAAGCGAUUGGCGAGACUCGACAAUGACGGCGCUGAGCUCACCUAAUUCUGCCUCGCCGCAAGCUUGGAUGAAUCAACCUGUGUCACCGAGUGCGCAGAGUGACACGUCGCAAGGGAUGUUGCCAACCAUGGGGCAGCAUUUGGCCUAUGAGAUGAGUGGAGAAUCGGCCCAACCUCCGCAUGAAAUGGGAGACAAUCGGGUAUAUGAGAUGGAAGGCGAUCCAAAUCGUCCUUGGGUUUAG